UCUUCUCUCCGCCCUCUCCGGCGAUCCCUCGCCAGUCGCCGAGUUUCUCCUCCUCAUUUCCUCGGCGUUGAGCAUCCACCGCGCUUGCGAAGCCGUGGUGCAAUUUUUCAUGGCUCUGACCCCAUCGACAGCAAUCGAGGUCGAUAUGGCUGGAGAAACGUCGGCGACCACCGUGCGUGUCACCGUCGUUCAGGCCUCCACCGUCUACUACGAUACCCCCGCCACUCUCGAUAAGGCAGAGGGACUAAUUGCAGAUGCUGCCACAUGUGGAGCGCAAUUAGUGGUCUUCCCAGAAGCAUUUGUUGGUGGAUAUCCACGCUUCUCCAACUUUGGUGUAACCAUUGCUAAUCGUUCAGCAAAGGGCAAAGAAGAUUUCCAAAAAUAUCAUGCAUCAGCCAUAGCUGUACCUGGUCCUGAAGUUGAUCGCUUGGCAGCAAUGGCUGGAAAACAUAAAAUUUUCUUAGUGAUGGGUGUAAUUGAAAAAGAAGCAUACACACUCUAUUGCACUGUUCUUUUCUUUGAUCCUCAGGGUCAAUAUCUGGGGAAACAUCGCAAACUAAUGCCUACCACAAUGGAACGUAUUAUAUGGGGUUUUGGAGAUGUAUCUACAAUUCCCGUAUAUGAAACUCCUCUUGGAAAGAUAGGAUCCCUCAUUUGCUGGGAAAACAGGAUGCCACUCUUGAGGACAGCACUAUAUGCUAAAGGUGUAGAAAUAUACUGUGCCCCUACCGCUGAUGACUCGGAUGUAUGGCAGGCAUCUAUGAAACACAUUGCAGUUGAGGGUGGUUGCUUUGUUCUCUCAGCGAACCAGUUUUGCAGAAGGAAAGAUUAUCCACCCCCACCAGAUUAUGUGUUUGCUGGUGUCGACAAUGAGCCCCUGCCAGAAUCCGUGGCAUGUGCGGGAGGCAGUGUUAUCAUAUCACCGUCUGGUGUUGUUCUAGCUGGACCCAACUUUGACGGGGAAGCUCUCAUCUCAGCUGAACUAGAUCUUGGGGAGAUUGUGCGAGCUAAAUUUGGUUUUGAUGUGGUGGGGCAUUAUUCAAGACCCGACGUGCUUAGCUUGAUUGUGCGAGACCACUCGUUGAAGCCUGUCUUCUUCACUUCUGCUGAAAACAAGACCGAUAACGCGCAAAAAUUUCCCUAAGUCCCUCUGUUGUUGCUGUCGUUACUGCCGCCGUUGUUAAUGUAUCAAAGUGGCAAUGAAUGACAAUGCCUCAAGAUGCACAUUAAAAUCCUUGGCAAAAGUUUGAAACAACCAAAUUUAUCGCUUUAAGUCAUGUUAUAUGGUCUUUUCUGGUUUUAUUUUGAGCAUAUUUAUUUUGAGCUCCAUAUGCUCGAUGUUUGAAGACUAAAUUCCAAUAGUGUUAUGUAUCUUUUUUUUGUGUACCAUUCUAAUAUGUUGUGUUUUUUAAGGUUUUAAUAUGUUGUGUUUUUAGAUGGAGCUGGAGUUUCUUAGUAUCUGUUUGGAUUGGUUUGGGAAAAAAAUGUUUUUUUUUUUCACC